CUACUAUCGCAUGCCCUCUGGAGCACAGCCCUGCUGGUGAGGAAGAGUUCCCUGGUGUGUUGGUGAGCCCCAGCUGCCUCCCUGCAGUGAGGAUAAAGGUCUCUGAGCUGAUGCUCCUGCCUGCUGACUUUGCCCUGACAUCCUUGGAUAAGCUCUGGGAAUCUCCUUGCUCCACUCUGUCCUUGCCUCCUCUCCUCCUGGAGACACCGAGUGAUUAACUCAUUUCUUCUUUCCUGCUCUCACUUCACAUAAGGAUCUAACAACAGAGCCUCUUCUGAAAUGUCCCUUAUCUUCAUUUUAAAGCAUCUUUUAAACAAGCAUCUCCUCCUUCUUUACCAAAGCAGGCAAUGGGUGCAGAAGGGCCAUGGCAGAGCGGGUGCUGGUGGUCGGCAGCGGCGGCAGGGAGCACGCCCUGGCCUGGAAGCUGGCCCAGUCCCCCCACGUCAAACACGUGUUUGUGGCUCCAGGAAAUGCAGGCACGGCUGACAACGGCAAAAUCUCCAAUUCAGCUGUUCCAGUCAGUGACCACGCUGCUGUGGCCCAGUUCUGCAGGGACCAGGACAUCAGGCUGGUGGUGGUUGGUCCUGAGGUUCCUCUUGCUGCUGGAAUUGUGGAUGACUUGACAGCAGCUGGGAUCAAGUGUUUUGGCCCCACAGCAAAGGCAGCUCAGCUGGAGUCCAGUAAGAGCUUCACCAAAGCCUUUCUGGAUCGUCAUGAGAUCCCCACUGCCAGGUGGAAAUCCUUCACUGAUCCCAAAGCAGCAUGUGCCUUCAUCAACAGUGCCACCUUCCCUGCUCUGGUUGUCAAAGCCAGUGGGCUGGCAGCUGGCAAAGGAGUCAUCGUGGCUUCGAGCAAGGAGGAGGCCUGCAGAGCUGUCACUGAGAUCAUGCAGGAUAAGAGUUUUGGCACAGCUGGGGAAACUGUUGUUGUUGAAGAGCUUCUUGAAGGAGAAGAAAUUUCUUGCCUGUGUUUCAGUGACGGCGUCACCAUCGCCCCCAUGCCCCCAGCCCAGGACCACAAGAGGCUGAUGGAUGGAGAUGAGGGCCCCAACACAGGAGGGAUGGGAGCCUAUUCCCCAGCUCCUCAGAUUUCUAAAGACCUGCUGCAGAAGAUCAGAGAGACUGUUCUUCAGAAGACUGUUGAUGGCAUGAGGAAAGAAGGAGUCCCCUAUGUGGGUGUGCUUUAUGCUGGAUUAAUGCUCACCAAAGAUGGCCCUAAAGUUCUGGAGUUUAACUGCAGAUUUGGUGACCCAGAGUGCCAGGUGAUUCUGCCCCUGCUCAGGAGUGACCUGUACGAGGUGAUGCAGGCAGUGCUCAGCAGGAGGCUGGCCAGCUCCAUGCCAGCCUGGAGAGAGGACAGUGCAGCUGUCACUGUGGUCAUGGCCAGCCAAGGCUACCCAGGGACAUAUCCCAAGGGCUUGGAAAUAACAGGGCUUGCCAAGGCCAGGCAGCUGGGGCUGGAGGUGUUCCACGCAGGCACAGCCCUGAAGGACGGCCGGGUGGUCACCAGUGGGGGCAGAGUGCUCACGGUCACGGCCAUCAAGGAGGACCUGCCCGCGGCGCUGCAGGCGGCCAACCUGGGGGUGGCUGCCAUCCACUUCCAGGGGGCCAUCUUCAGGAGGGACAUUGGCCACCGGGCCAUUGCCUUCCUCAGGCAAUCCAGAGGCCUGACCUACAAGAACAGUGGGGUGGACAUUGAAGCAGGGAACACUUUGGUGCAGAAGAUCAAACCCUUUGCUGCAGCCACAUCCAGGUCAGGCUGCAAUGCAGAGCUUGGAGGCUUUGCUGGGCUCUUUGACCUGAAGGCAGCUGGUUACAGAGAUCCCAUCCUGGUGUCCGGAACCGACGGCGUCGGCACCAAACUCAAGAUUGCUCAGGAGUGCCAGAAACACGACACCAUCGGGCAGGACCUGGUGGCCAUGUGUGUCAAUGACAUCCUGGCCCAGGGGGCUGAGCCCCUCUUCUUCCUGGAUUAUUUUGCCUGCGGCAAACUCGACGUGGACGUGGCUCAGGGCGUCAUUGCAGGAAUUGCUGAUGCCUGCAGGAAGGCUGGAUGUGCUCUUUUGGGAGGAGAAACGGCCGAGAUGCCGGGGAUGUAUCCCCCUGGCGAGUACGACCUGGCUGGCUUUGCUGUGGGGGCCGUGGAGAGAGGGCAGAUGCUGCCCCAGCUGGACAGGAUCACUGAGGGGGACGUGGUCAUCGGGGUGGCAUCUUCUGGGGUCCACAGCAACGGCUUCAGCCUCGUCAGGAAGAUCGUGGAGAAGUCGUCCCUGGAUUUCUCCUCCCGCGUCGGGGUCUCCGGGGACCAGACUCUGGGAGAGCUGCUGUUGACCCCAACCAAGCUCUACAGCAAGACCCUGCUGCCCGUGCUGCGCUCGGGCCACGUCAAAGCCUACGCCCACAUCACCGGAGGGGGCCUGCUGGAAAACAUCCCCAGGGUCCUCCCAGACUCCCUGGGCGUCGUUCUAGAUGCUCUCACGUGGAAGAUCCCUGAAAUCUUCUGCUGGCUGCACAAGGAAGGGAACCUGUCUGAGGAGGAGAUGGCCCGGACCUUCAACUGUGGGCUGGGGGCAGUGCUGGUGGUGCAGCAGGAGAGGGCCCAGCAGGUGCUCAGGGACAUCCAGGGACACGAGACCGCCUGGCUCAUCGGCAGAGUGGUGCCCCUGCAGAAAGGCUCUGACAGCGUUAAAGUCCUCAAUCUGCAUCGGGCCCUGCAAGCAAACAGGUCCCUGUGUGUGCAGAGCCACAUCCAGGGCAAGAUCCAGACAGGCAAAAUGAAGGUUGCUGUCCUCAUCUCUGGAACAGGCACAAACCUGGAAGCCCUCAUCAACAGCACAAAGAAAGACACCAGCUAUGCACAGAUAGUUCUGGUUAUCUCCAACAAACCUGGUGUGGAGGGGCUGAGGAAAGCUGAGAGAGCUGGGAUUCCUACAAGGGUGGUGGAGCACACGAGGUACCAGAGCCGCACCGAGUUCGACAGCGCCGUGGACAAGGUCCUGGAGGAGUUCUCGGUGGAGCUGAUCUGCCUGGCCGGCUUCAUGCGCAUCCUCUCGGGGCCUUUUGUCAAGAAAUGGGAAGGGAAAAUCCUGAACAUCCACCCGUCCCUGCUGCCGUCCUUCAAGGGAGCGCACGCGCACAAGCUGGUGCUGCAGGCCGGGGUCAGGGUCACGGGCUGCACCGUGCACUUCGUGGCUGAGGAGGUGGACGCCGGGGCCAUCAUCUUCCAGGAGGCGGUGCCGGUGAAGCUGGGGGACACGGAGGCCACGCUGGCCGAGCGGGUGAAGGAGGCCGAGCACCGCGCCUUCCCCGCCGCGCUGCAGCUGGUGGCCAGCGGCGCCGUGCGCGUGGGCGAGGCGGGCAAGAUCUACUGGAAAUAGAGCCGGGCCUGGCACGGGCCUGGCACGGGCUCUGCCCCUCACGGUUCAAAUCCCAGGAAAGCCACCAGUGGGAAUUUGGGGGCCGCUCCCAGAGGGUGCAGCAAUGGCUCCUGUAAGUGCUUCCUCAUUUUAAUCGCUUCCUUGGCCAACAGUUUGGUUCUCUCAGUCGCGUUCCUGACAACCCCAGUGCAGCCAGGGGGGUCUGAACAGCCCUGGGCUGGGCUGGAGACAACACUGGAGACCCUUCCAUGCAAAAUCACAAUCCGUCUGGGAAGUGCACAGGCCUUUGUCACAUGGCUGUCUCCAGCAUUGGGAUUAACUUCCGCUCGUGCCAGGUGGGGAAUGUGGUGAAUCUCCAGCUGUGAGUCUCCAGCUGUGAGUCUCCAGCUGUGAGUCUCCAGCUGUUUGCCAGCCACCGGGGCUGUUCCCUAACAGGGACCCUCCCUGUGCUGGGAAGUGCUGCUGAGGGAAACUGCAAUGGAAGAGACAGACAAAGGCAGAACCCUCCACUCUAAAAACCUCAUCAGACCAGGAAAAGCUGUCUCCCCAAACACCAGUUAUUGGAUUUUUCUCCAUUUGCUGCCUGGUUUGGUGGUGGCCCAGCCCCUUGACACACCCUGCCAAUUCCAAACCUGAAGUCCAGCAGAUGCCAGCAGCAUUCAGUGUCUGCUGCCCCUUUGUCUGCAGCAUUCCCAUGUGAAUCCCACAAAUUCCCCUCAGAUCCAGGGGUUUAUUUUUUCCCAUGAGUAGAAAGACCAGACACAAAACACGUCCUUGGCUUGUGAAACAUUCCUCAGGAAUUCUGAAGUGCCUUUAUUCUGGAACCAGCAUUUUCACCUGCAAUAACACUGAGGGACACCCAGGAAUUAUGAACAUUUGGAAAACAAUUGGGGGUUUUGUGCAGCUCAACACUUGUGGUUUUCUUUUAGUAUUUUCAUAUAGUUAUGAAACCAUUUUAAUGUUCUUACUGAAAGGAUCAGGUUUCCCACACACAGAGCAGAUGAGGUGGUUUGGAGCUCCCCUUAAACACAGAUUCAGAGAAAUCUGAUUUUUAAUCAGAGAAAGCAGAUUGUAUUCUGGGCUCUGAUGUCCUGACGGUACUCCCAUGUUGGCAUAUUCUCCUUUGGGAUUUGAAAUAAAGCCUAAUAAAUUAAAUAAAGAAUUCUAUCUACAA